GGGCUCAACCCACACAGCUGCAUGUAUCAGAUCACCCUACCACACAUGCUCACUAGAAACACACAACACAACACACACUGCUUAACUCUCAUCUCACACCCCAGACCACCAUGGAUGAACUUGACAUGCUUUUGGAGGAGUUGGCUCAGAGCUCCACCCAGACUUCAAAUGUUCCUGCACUCAUUCCACCCAAAACUCUCCAGCUGGGAGCCUUGGAUAAAAGUAACAACACAACACAGCUUGAACAAACUGAAUCUUCUGGAUUUGUUGCUGGUCCAGGAAAUAAACAUAAUCCCUACAGCGUGGUUCCAGUCCCUGUGAAGGCAGGAGUGAUGAGUCCCGGCACAGCUACACGGGAGCUUGACUCCAUCAUGAAUGAGCUGCUAGGGCUAGGCCUGGAGGUUUCAGAAUCAGUUCCCACAUCAAACCCACCUCCAUUGGCUUGCAAGUCAUUAAAAGACAAAAAACCUGAGGAAACUAAAGAAAGUAGUGGAAGCCAAAAAGAGACUAAGAAACCACAGCAUCCUCCUCUGUCAGUGAAAGUAUCCAAGAAUGUGGAUGCUAUAGACGACCUGCUGGGCUCUCUCAGCACGGACAUGGAGAAAAUGGGGGUACACACAGCUGCCAAAGGCCAUUGUGCUUCUUGUGGCAAGUGUAUAGCUGGAAAGAUGAUCACAGCUCUGGGUCAGGUGUGGCACCCAGAACACUUUGUGUGUACGGCAUGCAGGGAAGAACUCAGCACUUGUGGUUUCUUUGAGAGAGACGGCAAGCCGUACUGCGAGAAAGACUACCAGAACCUCUUCUCCCCUCGCUGCGCUUACUGCAAGGGUCCUAUUAUUCUGAACAUUCUAACAGCGAUGGAUCAAACAUGGCACCCAGAACAUUUUUUCUGCUCCCACUGUGGAGAUCUGUUUGGACCUGAUGGUUUUCUGGAGAGAGAUGGUAAACCAUAUUGCUCUAGGGAUUUCUACCGCCUCUUUGCACCCAAAUGCUCUGGCUGCGGAGAGCCAGUGAAGGAGAACUAUCUGACUGCAGCCAAUGGAACCUGGCACCCUGACUGCUUUGUAUGUGCGGACUGUCUGAAGCCUUUUACAGACGGUUGCUUCCUUGAGUUGAAUGGUCGGCCCCUCUGUUCCCUGCACUACCACUCUAGACAGGGCACUCUGUGUGGGACCUGUGGAGAGCCCAUCUCGGGGCGCUGCAUCGCUGCUAUGGACCGCAAGUUUCACCCUGAUCACUUUGUGUGUGCGUUCUGCCUUCGUCAGCUGAGUCAGGGUGUGUUUAAGGAGCAGGGAGGGAAGCCGUACUGUUCAGUAUGUCAUGAGAAACUCUUUGUUUGAAAGAAGUACUGUAAGAUGAUUCCAGAAGUGUAAAAAUUAGUUAGGGACUUCAUCUUACAUCAUGAUAUUUUUACAUCAAGCCACUCUGUGGCCCUCUGGAAGUUUGCAGAGGCCCCCCAGUUCGCCCCAGCUCCCUGAUUGAGAACCAAUGUUUUAGAAAGAAAAAGCUAGAAGGAAGGAGUGAUACAUACACCAUUUUUUCAAUUUUGUUUGAGAAAAAAAAGAGAAUGCAAAUCAAAUGCAGAAAAAUGUAAACUGCACACCAAAAAUAUUGUUAUAAAUAACUAUAACUAUAAUAACUAUAGCAACUUGUUUCAUGUCAUUAUUUAAUUAUAUAAUUUUCACAUCGCAUCAAUGAAGAUGCUCUAAUAAAUGUUCAUUAAAUUGAAGGGAUUCACUGGAUUCACUGUCUUUUAUUCAAUUAGAUUAUGACAUGAAUUACAUUUUGCACUCAUAACAUAACAAAACAAACAUAUAUCCGCAGUCCUUUGAGGAAAUUCUGGGUCUUGUAAAUGCUAUUGAUGUGUUAUUUCUUUAAGGUUUCAAUGACUAAGAAGACUCAAGAUCCUAAUUAACUUAAUACCAUAUGUGUUUUCAUAGCCCAUGCAUAACAGUGACAUCACGCGGACAUUUUCUGUAAACAUUCAGAAAGGAUUAGAGUAACACUGACCAUCAUUUUCUAGCUUGAAUGUACACGAUCUCUACAGAAGCCGGUAGAUUUUGUUGUGUGCCUGAGGCAUUGCUCAAGAUCCCUUGACUUGUCAGUUCACUGCACUGUUACUCAGGGUUCAGUCUGGCAGUACGUUAAGGACGAGCCUUCUCAUCUUCAAAGAAUGCAUGACAGCUGCUUUCUGGGAGGAUGGGUCAAAGAUGUUUAUCACACCAUAACAAUCAUGAAGCACAAGAACCUCCCACAGUGAGUGGACAAAAACACUCAUACAGUAUGUGGUGAAUUUAAGAUUUUAAUGCAGUGGCUUAAUCUAAUGUUUGAUAACCAUAAAUGACAAAUUCUGUCAUAAUGCUUUUACUAUGACUAUACUAUUAUGCUAUUACUGACAUACAAGGAAACACUCCUUAAAUGUUUUAAUGCUAGGGAUCCCCAAAUUUAACAAUCCCCAAUGAGAAUACCUUCCUCAAAUAUAUACUGAUUUUGUAUUAAUUUCAUUAAA